UUUUUUUAAAUUAACAAUUUAUUGCAACUUAUUUUGAAUUUUGCCGCCUUUAUAGUUUUAGUUUAUUGCUUUGUCGUUUCAAGAAUCGCGGCGCUGCAUUUCAAUAUAUUUCAAAUCGGUUAUAAGUGAUCAUAGAACGUACUACAAUGGACGCAAGUAGAUACAGGUAGAUCAUUGAAUUCUAUAUUUUUCGCGAUUAUUUCUGUCUAAAAGUGAAUCUCGCGCACGAAAGAUCAUCGAAAGUAUCGUGUAAAAUAUUUGUCGUAACAUAAACAUUCAGCAUCAUCAUCAUUCUAUGAUAACAUUGUACUUUCGGCAUUAGUAUCAGCAAUUCGCUCCUAUAUGUAUGAUCGAAAUUAUUUUCACAUCUAUUUCAACUUUUCGACGUGCAUCGAAAGCGUAAUUGACAUGCGAUCAUCAAUAGAAUCGACAAUGCACUUCUACAUGGAAUCGAUCGACAUCGUCUUCGUACAUUUCGUAUCAUUAUUUUUUCGUCGAGAUGCAGCAGAAAUAGCAAUUGACGUAUGAUUAUUACCAAGUAUGAUAUGGCGUCAACGAGAGUAUUAAAUCAUAUUCUCCAGAGAAGACACUUGAUCAUGUCAAAUACAUUGUAUUGUCAUAGCAUUGUCUUUAACAUUAAACACAAUGCUUGGUAUUCGACAAAGAAAUCUAUAUCUAAAGUUGAUUCCAAUGAAACCGACAAUAAAAUACAGAUUGGCACUGCAGAAGUAGUCAAAGAAAACUUGAAAUCUGCUGGAUACUUGGGGGUAAUUAUAGGUGGCAUUGGAAUCACAGCUUUUAUAUUCUAUGCACUAUUUUCCGAGCUAUUUUCUAGCAAAAGUCCAUAUGCUGUCUAUAGUAAAGCACGGCUCCGUUGUAUUGAACAUCCAAAAGUUAUAGAUAUUCUCGGAGCACCUGUAAAGGCUUAUGGAGACGAAACUCGACGUGGUCGUAGGAGACACAUUAGUCACAUGUACUACAUUAAGCAAGGCAUUAAAUAUAUGAAAAUCAAGUUUUAUGUAGAAGGAACCAGAAGACGUGGUACGGUAUAUGCGGAAGUAAAGGAAAAUGAAUCUGGCAAUUAUGAAUACACAUACUUGUAUGUUACGGUGAAUCAUGUUGGAACGAUUGUAAUAGAAGAACCACAAGGAUAAUAUUAAAAUCCAACAAGAUGAAGAGUUAUUAAAUACUAUUUAGUUUAAUAUAUAAUAAUUGAUAAUUGUAUACGUAUUUGUAUAUUGUGUAAAUACCUAGCAUUUUGUGAAUCGAUAUAUAUGAUUUUAAUACAUACGAUUUUUUUCUAUUAGUUUAUGCAAUUUUCUUUGUUGAUAAAAAGUGAUAGAAGGUUGCUAAACGUCAAUUAAUUGUUAUUUCUUAAGCAAAGAAUCAAGAUUAAUUAAU